GAGGCGGCGGCGGCGGCAGCGGCAGCGGCUUCAGCCAUGUCAGCGGGCGGCUCGGGGCAGCGGGAGCCCGGGGCCUCGGGCGGGAAAGAUGGAAAGAGUAUAAAAGAGUGAAAUGCCUUUUGAUCUAGAACUUCUCACGCUACGAUGGUCACAGAGCAGAAUUGCAGGCGCCGAAGCAAAUGGGACCAGCCAGGCCCUUCGCCGGCUCUCUUUCUCCUUCCUGCUACCACCCCUGUGGCCGGCCGCCCUAUGCAGGGCAGCGGAGACGGGAUGUUGGGUUCGGAAGGCUCGGCGGCUCCUUUGGGAGCCUUGGAUGCCGCCGCGGCGGUGGCCGCGAAAAUCAACGCCAUGUUGAUGGCAAAGGGAAAGCUGAAGCCCUCGGCCAACUCCGCAGACAAGCUCCAGGCUCCAGGCAAAGGUCCGUCGGCGAACAAAAGCAAAGAUGAUCUCGUGGUGGCGGAAGUGGAAAUUAACGACGUGCCGCUCACGUGUCGGAAUCUCCUAACAAGAGGACAGACGCAAGACGAGAUAAGCAAGCUCAGUGGGGCAGCAGUCUCCACUCGGGGAAGAUACAUGACCGCGGAAGAGAAAAUCAAAAUUGGCCCUGGGGAUCGUCCUCUGUACUUGCACGUUCAAGGACAGACGCGAGAACUGGUGGACAGAGCCGUCAACCGGAUCAAAGAAAUCAUUACCAACGGCGUGGUCAAAGCGGCCACCGGGUCCAGCCCCACCUUCAACGGCGCCACGGUGACUGUCUAUCACCAGCCCGCUCCCAUUACUCCCUUGCCCCCAGCCGUGGGGCAAAAGACGCCCUUCCAGUCUGGCGGGAUGCAUUACGUCCAGGAUAAGCUGUUCGUGGGGCUGGAACAUGCAGUGCCUACCUUCAGCAUCAAGGAGAAGGUGGAAGGACCGGGCUGCUCGUAUUUGCAGCACAUCCAGAUAGAAACAGGGGCGAAGGUGUUCCUUCGAGGGAAGGGCUCCGGCUGCAUCGAACCUGCGUCUGGCCGCGAAGCUUUCGAACCCAUGUAUAUAUACAUCAGCCACCCCAAGCCAGAAGGCCUGGCAGCAGCCAAAAAGCUUUGCGAGAACUUACUACAGACUGUCCACGCCGAAUACUCGCGAUUUGUGAACCAGAUAACCACAGCGAUGCCCUUAACAGGAUUCGCGCAACCGGCAACCAUCGCAACCGUUCCCCCCCAGCCGCCGUACUACCCCCCCAACGGCUUCCAGGCGAGCUACCCCAUGGCUCCGCCCCCUCAGCAGCCGGGCCAGCCCCCUUACGUGAUGCCAGGCAUCGGACCUCCGGCGGUUCCCAUGGCGCCCGGGGUACUGGCCCUCCCCACCAGCGUCCCUCCCGUGCCCACCCAGUACCCGAUUACGCAAGUCCAGCCUGCUGCUACCACCAGCCAGACCCCGCUAACUGCUCCUUUCUUGCCUGCUGCUCCUGGAAAGACCCCCCUGUCGAGCGGGACGCAGCCCCAGAUGCAGCCCCUUCCUCAACAGGGUCAAAAACGGCGGUUCACCGAAGAGCUUCCCGACGAACACGAAUCCGGAUUGUUGGGAUAUCAGCAUGGACCCAUUCAUAUGACUAAUUUAGGUACAGGAUUCUGCAUCGCGACGGAAAUGGAUGGGACGGGCCUGAAGCCAGCAGGUUCCUCAGGAAAGGAGAGAGAGAGGGACAGGCAGCUGAUGCCGCCGCCGUCGUUACCAGUGACCGGGAUGAAACCGGAGCCUGACGACCGGAACGGGUCCUUGGGGGGCAGCAACGGUGAGCGUGUGGGGCCGAGAAGCCCGCCAUGUCUUGGGUUUUUCUGCCUUCUUUUUGCGACGAUGCCUCUUCGGUCCGGCCUGCUUGCGGCCGGCAUCAACCACCACCACCCCCGCACCCCUCCGGGCCUUAAGCCUCGAGGUGACUUCAACCUUCUCUUUGCUCGGUUGUUAGUAGGGCCCCCAAACCCAGAGUGGACGGAGUUUUUUUUUUGUGUGUGUGUUUCUACCCUCUUUCAAGAUCAGCAGCCCCAAUACACCCAUCCACCCAGGAACGAGUUCUCGCCCCACCAUCAGGAGGUUGUGAGUUCGAUCCUACGGAGAGUACAAAUGUAGAUUCUCCUAGAUGACCUGCAAGGUCCCUUCCAACUUCCGUUAAUCUGUUAAAUCUGUCUCCUUGCGGGAAUGCCGGCUUCUGCCAAAAACGUUCCCCCAAAAACCCGAGUUCGAAUCGACCCCUUUUGUUUCGUCUCGGCUGCUCUCUGAGCUGGGCUUGUUCUGUGGUCGACAUUUCACGACCCUUAACUAGGUAACAUCACCAGUGCUUAAAGAUGCGAGGAAAAGAAGCCGGCUCAGAGGACCCCUCGUUUUUCAACCCCUGAGCUACAAAUAUUCUACUUUAUUGAGUCUCUCAUCGCCCCCAUCUUUCCCCCGCCUCCCCUCCCCAUCCAGCCGCCUCCCCAUCCGAUCCACAAGACGCUGCUCACUUUUUCCUCAGGAAGCUGUGCAGAUACCUCCCACCCCCACCCCAAAGCCAGGCUCACCUGCACAGGCACCCAGUUCUCAAUUUAAAACCGUUCAUUUAAUGACCAAAGUGAACCACGGCUCUGGAAUAAAAGCGACCCUGGACCGUUUUUCACACUUAAGACCGUCGCCGACCAUUCCCACGGUCCGAAUUCAGACGCUUGGCAACUGGCUCGUACUUAUGCCGGUUGCAGUGUCCCCGAGAUCAGGGGAUUCUCCCCCCCCCCUUUUGCGACCUUCUGAUGGGGGGAAGCCCAAUUCGCUUAACAAUCGUGUGAUGAGUUUUAACAACCAACCGCAGCAAUUGGCUUCACAGGUGCGCCAAGGAAAGGGGUUUAAAUGGGGCAAGAUUCACUUAACACGUCUCACUCAGCCACAGAGAGAUUGGGCUCCACUGUGGUCGUAAGUUGAGGAUUACCUGCAUCCAGUUUAUUUGAUGAGGAGAGUUAAAAUACAAACAAAAAUCACGAUUUUAAAAUGUUAGUGUUAAAUGUAAAAUGUAAAAUGUUUUUUUUUUAAAAACCACAACAAAUAAGACAUUAAAAAAUAAAAAUAUCUUAGGAAAAAGAAAAGAUUUAACAGAUUAUACACUAUAACAUUUUCCCUAAUUGAAUGCUGAUUAAUAUGACAAUAUUAGAAUAGAAUAGAAUAGAAUAGAAUAGAAUAGAAUAGAAUAGAAUAGAAUAGAAUAGAAUAGAAUAGAAUAGAAUAGAAUGUAGAGUAGAAUAGAAUAGAAAUAGAGAAUAGAAUAAGAAUAGAGUAAUAGAAUAGAAUAGAAUAAUGAAUAGAAUAGAACAUAGAAAAUGAAUAGAAUAGAAUAGAGAAUAGAAUAAGAAUAGAAUAAAACUGUAGAGUAGAGUAGAGUAGAAUAGAAUAGAAAUUCUUUAUUGGCCAAGUGUGAUUGGACAUACAAGGAGUUUGUCUUCGGUGCAUAAGCUUUCAUUGUACAUAAAAGCUGUAAGUGAUAAGUCAUGAUCAUAAGCUGUCAUAAAAUACAUUCAUCGUCAAUCAUAAGAUACAUAAGAUAGUCAUAGCCAUAGGAAACUAAAUAAGCAAUCAACAUAAAUCGUCUGAGAAAACUGAAUAAAACAAUAUAAAUAGUAAAGAUACAAGCAACAAAGUUAUAGUCAUAAUUAGAAAAAGGAGAUGAGGAAAGAUGAGAAGAAUAAUAGUAAUACAAGCUUUUACUAAAUAGUUUGACAGUGCCGUGGGAAUUAGUUGUUUAACAUUAAUUUCCCAUCCCUUAAAAAAAAACAAAAAAACAGGUCUCCAAUUUUUUUUUUAAAAAAACUAC